UGAACACUGGACAUUUCGAUCAUAUCAGUAUUUUAUUAAAUCAGUUGGUAAAUGAUAACAAUAUCAAAAACCAAUAUAACUGAUCAUCGAACUAGGUUGUUGUGCACUCACUAAAAUUAUACGCUAUUGUACAAAAUAUAGAACAAAGACAAACGUGAUUGACGUGCAGUAAUAUUCGAAUAUUAUUGAAUAUUCAAUAAAUUCAAUAGUUUGAAUAUCAGUCACUUUUCCGUGUGUUUGGACAGUUAGGUAUUUCCACAUGACAACAAGAUGAUUUAUUUGUUCGGAAACAUUUUAGCUGAGAAGUUUAUGAACAUUUUUGUUAGACUUAAGAUGAUUUUCAUCGUGGAUUGUUUUCAAAUAUGGUUCCAUUGAAACCAAAGGGUAAUGAUUACUUGUUUAAUUCAUGUCAAGGUUCGGUACUAGGACAUUCAGCUCCGUAUUGUAUAGCAGCUUUAGCUAAAAAUAUUUCUCAAAAUAUACUUUUAGAUAGUGUGUUUCAAAACUUAUUUGCUCAUCUUCGAAUGAUCAAUCAAUUAUGUUAUUUUUUAAUUGAAUAUGUUCGUUUGUUAUUAGUUGCAGAAUUAUCUUUAAUUGAAUUCUAUUUUUAAUGAUAAGGAUACCUUGAAGCAAAGAAUUCUCAACACAAAUAUGCAAUACCGCUAUAAAUUCCCACUUAACAAUCAUUUAACUGUGUUAGGUUGCAACGUAUGUCGCUAAGCUAUUUAACUGUAUUUAAGUAAGAGUUUUUAUUUAGUUUAAG